AUGGCUAUCUUAUCUACGCCUUUCACACGUCAACAACUUGUUAAUCUUGCGCUUUUUACAAGUAUUAUAACUAUAUUAUUGAAUAUAAUUGAAGGAAUACUUUCAAUGUUCUUUGGAAGAAAAACUAAUUCUGUUAGUUUAAUUAUCUUUGGAAUUGGUUCUUUUGUUGAAGUGACAUCUUCAAUUUUUGUCUUAUGGAGAUUUUCAACUGAAUUACAUCAAGAUACAUCCGUGAUUUCUAUAACUAAUAAGGAUAAAUUUAUUGAUAAAGAGCGUAAAGCUACUUUAGGAAUUGGUAGUCUUUUUAUUAUUUUGGCUUUAGGAACGUUUUUACAUUCUGUAAUCUCUUUAACUCAAAAAAGCCAUCCUGAUAAUACUAUGGCUGGUAUUAUUAUUUCUAGUAUAUCAAUUGUAAUUAUGUUGACUAUUUAUUUUUGUAAAAGAUAUUUGGCUGUGAAUUUGGAUUCUUCCACAAUGGCUUCUGAAGCUCAAUGUUCUUUCGCUUGUAUAAAAAUUACCUUGGUUCUUUUUUGUAGUAGUUUAAUUUAUAUAUUAUGGAAGGAAGGUUGGUGGGUGGAUUCUGUUGCUGCUUUAAUAUUUAGUACUUUUUUUUCAAAAGAAGGGGUUGAAAUGAUCUAUUGGGCUAAUAGUGAAAAAUUUGAUGGUGGUUGUAAUACUGAUUUUGUCGAGAAAGUACAUGAUAAUGGUGGUGAUGAUGAAUCAAGUGGGACCGAAGGUGGACAGAUUCAUGUAACUGGUGAGAUUGAAGUUGAACGAGUUGUUGAGAAAAUGCAUCAGGAAGAAACAAGGAGUGUUGAAACAAGGUGGUGGGGAAAUAAUGGUACGGAUGUCGAAUUGGAAAAUGGUACUAGAAAUCCACAGUUUGAUGAUUUUAAUCCACCAUCAAAGUCAACUUCACCAGACUUGGCUAUUUCAAAUGAUAAUAAAAUUUAUAAGGGCAGAAAACGAAUUCAACACAAUGUGAGAGAAAAAAUUUAUGCUCAGUUAGGAAAAUUUCGAUCAACAGAAUUUAUGAACAAGGUUUUGAUGAAUCUAAUCCACCACCAAAAGUCAACUUCACCAGACGUAAUGAUAAUAAAAUUUAUAAGGGCAGAAAAUGGAAUUACAACAUUGAUUUCUUGUUGUUAUACUUACGAGACAUUGACUUGUAUAAAAAAAGGAAUUCCAAAUAAUGCUGAUUUACCUAUAGACAUUGGUGUAAAAUUAUUAUUUAAACCUUUACGAGAGGCCUUGACUUGGAAAUAUCCGAUUUCAUCAUGUUGGUCAAGUCCGAUAAAUCAAUCCAAAUCUUUUGCAAAUAAGAAACAUUUUGUCAAUAAUCUUUUAGGAAUGAAACCUCUUGCAUUUCAACAUUCUUUAUGGUUUGGAGCUCUUGACAUUGCACAAAAAUUAAUUGCAGAAACUCAAAUGAUCCAGCUUUACAAAGAGCACCUUCAUUCUUUCAUUCGCUUCAAAGCCAUAGAAGUCCUAAUUAAAUUCUCAAAAAGAAAUAUGUUUUACAACAUAAUUGGCAAUGAUUUUGGAAAUUAUAAACAGUUUUUAGAUUCAAUAAAAGGUUUGAAAGCAUCUUAA